AUGCGAGAGUCCAACUACACAUUCCCCCCACAGAACAGAGCGGUGACGAAUAUAACACAUCUGAUUUAUGACCGUAGAGCUCUCGACACCAACAGUCCCCUCGCCCUCCUAAACAGUCUUACCUCCUUAACAUAUCUCACUUCCACCUCUCCUCGAAUCCGAGAGAUUCUCACCGUUGAUGGUGGUCUCGAACGACUCCUUGACAUCCUCCGUGAAUCUUGUCUACCGAAGGACGUAUCUACACAUCAGGACUUAUGGGGUUUGAACGGCCCAUCGACAGCGCGUAUAAUCACCGCAGAUAGGGCCAACUCGCUGAGACAUAGUUUAGCAUUCCAAUGUGUGGUCAACAUAGGUGUUAGGGGCAGUGAAGAUAUCAGAACGAGGGUGGUACAAUCAGGAGCUUUAGAUCUGGUCGCUCAGAUACUGGAAAGUUGGUUGAAGGAUCAUGGAAUAUCGAUCUUCUCAGGACAUCUAGGUAGUCAAGCUGCUGUCGACGCCGUCGCAGCUGGUGAACCUGUUCCGGGAACUGAGAAUCUCAAGAAGAGGGAAAGGGAGAAGCUCGAGAAAGCUGAGAAAUCCGAAAGACCCGAUAGGAAUGAAAGGUCACAUCGUCAUCAUAGUCGAUCUCAAGCACCAUCAGAAAGUCAACCUGCAACAAUAACAGCAGCUCAUAUAGCUAGUCAGGCUGCUGCUGCCUUCGGGUUCAACUUGAACAUAGCCGCUUGGGCCGAUCAACCUCGUGAUGAGACACCACAGGAAUCGGUUCAAGGAGAUACGGAUGUGGAUAUGGCUGAUGCAGAAGGUGGUGAAACUGAUGACGCAUCGGUGGAUGCAGAAGAAGGGAGUAUCGAUAUGGACGAAAGAGAAGAGAUGAACGCACCACCUUCGACCACCCCCCGAGCAUCAACCACCCUCCUACCUAUGACUAUACCACCUCGUCCGCCCAUGCCUCGCGAUGCUCUAAGUCAGACUUCCAGCGCAGAUGCCUCCCUCUCUGGCGAGGAGACCAGCGUUAUACCCCGUAAUACAUCCGAAAGCAACAUAGCAGCGGCAGCUCAAGGUCUGCGUCCACCUGCCCUCAACCUUUCCUCCCGAGUCCCUCAGCUAGCUCAAGAACCCGUCAGUACGCAAUCCAGUCCUAUGGGUACACCCACUCGACAUGCUCACGAAUCAGUUGAAGACUCGCGCAGGAGUGGAAGAAGAGGCACAAUCAUAGCUCGACCAGUCGGUCUAGCGCCCAGAAAUGAUAGGGAAAGGGAAAGGCGUAGAGAUCUUACGGCUGGAAGUGGUACUUCGGAUGGAGGCGAGGAUAUCGAUUUGCCUACCGCUACUAUUCAAGCUGGUAUCGCCGCUGUCAAUGCUCAAGCUAUGGAAAACAAUGGUACUAUUGAGACGGACGAACCUGCUGUACCCCCGGCAGUCGAGAUUGUGGAGACCAAUAAUCGACAAGAACUUGACGAACCUGAUCCAGAAGCAAUGGCUGCUGAACAAGCAAGAUUAGAUAUGGAAGCUGGAGCACCCCCAGGUCAACCGGGUGCAGCUCAGACUCCUCGAGUGACACCAGGAGAAGCACCAACGCCGGGUCAAGCUCCAGGUGAAGCUCCACCUGCCAAUACACCUGAUCAAGCGGCAAUUAUCAUCGCCAACAGCGCUCCCAGAGGCUUCCACGAUCUAGGUAGCUAUGUCGGGAUAAGCUCUUUGCUUAACCCUGACGGCAACAGAUACUCUGAUGAUAGUAUCCUCCUCGCUCUCCAACUUCUCGCUUAUCUCUCCAAAUACCCUCACGUUCGAACUACCUUUCACCAUCCUCGACGGCCCAUGCAUCCCACUUUCGACCUAGGUCUUGACACAAUCAAAAAUCCAUUACCUGAAAGACCAGCUUAUUCCGAAACUCCCGAUAUAUUCUCUCUUGUCGAGCGAUUCACCUUUCGACCAUCACCUUCUGAUCCACUGUUCUUCAGGGUUCCACAAGAGAUCCAGUAUUGGGCAGGGGUGAUCAUGCGUAAUGCGUGUAGGAAAGAUGAAGCUCGAGGUGGAAUCAGACAAUGCGCCAAUAUGUCUUGUGGGAGAUGGGAGAAGUUCCCGAGAGAGUUUGCCAAAUGUAGGAGGUGUAGAAAGGCGAAGUAUUGUAGUAAAGAAUGUCAGAGUCGGGCAUGGCAAGAAGGUCACAGGUUUUGGUGCAGCUCCAGGACAGACCAGGAACCAGGAUCAGCAGCUAACGAAGGUGCCAACGGUUUCCCUACCAAUAGGGGAGUUGCUGCCAAUGAAACCGGUCACGAGGAGGAGGAUGAAUAUCACAUCGGAGCGCAGAUGGGAUUAUCACCUGAGGUGGUGACUCGGGCAAUCGCAGCGGCUAGAGCAGCCGGUAUAUUACGGGAUCAAGGGGGUCUGAACAGAGGAGCAAAUGAGGCGCCGCGAAGAGGUGCAGCUAGUGAUGCGACGGAUCCUAGGCAGAUGGGAGAAUUAUCUGUACCGAGAUUACCUCCACAACCUGAAGGUCCACCACCACCACCUCAUGCGGUCACUCAGGCUCAUGUGAACCUGAUCGAAGGUCGAGCUGCAGCUCAACUCAUGGAAGAGUCGGUUCUUCAACAUCCUAGGCAGAAUAUGAGGGGGCUUCAAAUGCCCGCUGGAGCUGGUACAGCACCUCGAACAGGCAAUCCCUGGCGAGGGCUGCAGAACGUGGGGACACUGUUAGGACUAAGGAACGAUCAUAACGCUCAACAAAAUCCGGAACAUCAACAGCGACAGCAACAACCCUCCGCUACUGCUACGAUGCGUAUGCCAUGGGCAGAUGAAGAUGCAGGUGGACAAUUUAGAGAUACUCAAAGAGCUGGAAGAGGCUCUGACGGAAUGACAGGACUAGGUUUCAAUAUGUCUGAUCAAAGUAGACGUCAAUAG